UCCUCCCCUUUCUCCUCCUCUUUCUAACCCUCCACAGUUGCGCCAGAGUCCAGUGGAGUGUUUCUUUUUCCUUUCCCUCUUCGCGCUUUUGCACCUUUUGGCUUCUUCUUCUUCUUCUUCUUCUUUGGCUUUUUGGGAACUUCUCGAGCGCUCCUCCUCUUCCUGCCCGGGUGGCCGUCACCUUUCGGCGACCGCAUCUUUUUGCUCUUCUGCCGCGAUGAGUGCGCCUCCGCUUAUUCGCACGCCCAGCCCGCUCGCCUUGCCUGGGGGGGGAGGAGGAGGAGGAGGUGCGCUGUCCUUCCACAUCCAGAUCGGUCUGAGCCGAGAGCCCGUCACGUUGGACUGGGCGGACGCGAGUCUGGCUCAGGUGCGCGAGGCGGCCUGCUCCAUUGUUGACCAAAAGAUCCCCGAGUGCGGCUUUUACGGCCUGUACGACAAGAUCCUGCUCUUCCGGCACGACUCGGCGUCGGACAACGUUCUGCGGCUGCUGCGCUCGGCCUCGGAGAUCCGAGACGGCGACCUGGUGGAGGCCGUCCUCUCGGCUUCGGCCACGGCGGACGACUUCCGGAUCCGCCCGCACUGCCUGUUCGUGCACUCGUACCGGGCGCCCGCUUUCUGCGACCACUGCGGCGAGAUGCUGUGGGGGCUGGUGCGCCAGGGCCUCAAGUGCGAAGGCUGCGGCCUGAACUACCACAAGCGCUGCGCCUUCAAGAUCCCCAACAACUGCAGCGGCAUGAGGCGCCGGCGGCCGUCCAACGUGUCUCUGACGGGGGGGCGCCCGCCGUCGGCCGAGCCCUCGCCGCCGCCCCACCACGGUGACGACGCCCUGCUGUCGCCGGUCAGUCCCAACAUGGAGAAGUCGUCGGCGGCGGCGUGGUCCCCGGACGCGUGGCGGCUCCGCGAGCGGCGCGCCAGCUCCCAGUCGUACGUGGGCCGGCCCAUCGAGCUGGACAAGCUGCUGAUGUCAAAGGUCAAAGUUCCUCACAGCUUCCUCAUCCACUCGUACACGCGCCCCACCGUUUGCCAGCACUGCAAGAAACUCCUGAAGGGGCUCUUCAGGCAGGGACUGCAGUGCAAAGAUUGUCGCUUCAACUGUCACAAGCGUUGCGUUCCAAAAAUUGCAAACAACUGCUCGGGAGAAGUUGCCGGAAACGGAGGUACGCACACGCUACACGUACACGCAAGACACGCGCACGCACACACUCUUGAACCCGCAGAGCUGCUGAGUCCGGGGGCGGAGUCCGACGGUUGCCUUGACGAUCAGGAGAGGGCCGGCGGUCCGACGGACGACGUCGGCGCCACGGCGGACGAGAUGAGCGCCGCCGCGACGACAGAAACGGGGCCCGGAGACCCCGACGGGGACGAAUCCAACCGAGCCAUCAGCCCAUCGACCAGCAACAACAUCCCCCUGAUGCGAGUGGUCCAGUCGGUCAAGCACAGCAAGAGGAAGAACAGCAACGUCAUGAAGGAGGGUUGGAUGGUCCACUACAGCAGCAAGGACGCGCUGAGGAAGCGACAUUAUUGGCGGCUGGACAGUAAAUGCAUCACGUUGUAUCAGAGCGACACAGGAAGUAAAUAUUACAAGGAGAUCCCGCUGUCGGAGAUUCUGUCGCUGGAGGCCGCUCGGACCUUCUCCUUUCUGCCCGAGGGCGCCAACGCGCACUGCUUCGAGAUCGCCACCGCGGCGGCGCUGGUUUACUUCGUCGGCGAGGACCGGCGCGGCUCUGACGGCAACGCCGGGACGGGCGCCGACAUGCCGGUGACGCGAAAAACACCUUCGAUGAAUGCCGGACUCGACUUUUCAGGCAGAACGUCUCCAGACCUGUUUUUGGCGAGCGGCGCGGGUCAAGACGUGGCCCGGACGUGGGAAAUGGCCAUCCGCCACGCCCUCAUGCCGGCGGUCUCCACGGGCGUCUCCCGCCACAGACAUCAAUUCCAUCUAUCAGAUCUUUCCAGACGAAGUCCUCGGGUCGGGACAAUUCGGAAUCGUCUACGGAGGGAAACACAGGAAGUCGAGCCGCGACGUCGCCAUCAAGAUCAUCGACAAGCUUCGCUUCCCCACCAAACAAGAAAGUCAACUGCGCAACGAGGUGGCCAUCUUGCAGGUGAGCAAAACGCCGGAGGAGGACUUUUGCCAGGAAGCGGAGCUCGGCCACAGGAAGCUCUUUUGUCGUCCUCGGAGAACCUGCGCCACCCGGGCGUGGUCAACCUGGACUGCAUGUUCGAGACUCCCGAGCGGGUCUUCGUGGUGAUGGAGAAGCUCCACGGAGACAUGCUGGAGAUGAUCCUGUCCAGUGAGAAAGGACGACUGCCCGAACGCAUCACCAAGUUCCUCGUCACGCAGAUCCUGGUGGCUCUGCGUCACCUUCACUUCAAGAACAUCGUCCACUGCGACCUGAAACCGGAAAACGUCCUGCUGGCGUCGGCCGAUCCUCUCCCGCAGGUGAAAUUGUGCGACUUCGGAUUCGCUCGCAUCAUCGGCGAGAAGUCGUUCCGGCGCUCGGUGGUGGGCACGCCGGCGUACUUGGCGCCGGAGGUGCUCCGCAACAAAGGCUACAACCGCUCGCUGGACAUGUGGUCGGUCGGCGUCAUCAUCUACGUCAGCCUGAGUGGAACUUUCCCUUUUAACGAAGACGAAGACAUCAACGAUCAGAUCCAGAACGCCGCCUUCAUGUACCCGCCGUACCCCUGGAAAAAAGUCUCCCCGGAAGCCAUCGACCUGAUCAACAAUCUGCUGCAGGUGAAGAUAAGGAAACGCUACAGUGUGGACAAAACGCUAAGUCACGCUUGGCUGCAGGACUACCAGAUGUGGUUGGACCUGCGCAGCCUGGAGAGUCGCGUGGACCAGCGCUACGUCACGCACGAGAGCGACGAUCUGCGCUGGCAUCAUCACGCCGGGCUCGGCGGGACCUACGGGCAGGGGGGGGCGCUCUACCCCGCCCACCAGGACGAGCUGGAGACCCUGAGCGAGCGCGUCAGCGAACUCUGAAGCCCGCCGCGAGGCGCGACGGCAAGUGGAUGGACACAAAUAACGGGAAUUUAAAAAAAAAACAAAAAAACGGAAAGUUGUGACAACAAAAUAACAGGAAGUCCAAACAAUAAAUCAACAGGAAGUAGCAUCUAACGCAGGGGUGUGAAAGUCAAGUUACCUUUUCGGGGCCAAGCGAGGCUUGGCUGCAAAAUCUCGGACAAAUGUUUCAAAAUGCAAUUUCCUCAAAGCUCUUUUUCAUUUUUUUUCCCCACACAAAAUCCGACAAAUGCGGAAGUUGUGUGCAAAAGUAACACUAAAAGUCUCCACGGCAACACCGCUGUAACGUCGACUCACUGAAAAAGCGAGCCCGCGCCAGCCACGCCUCCGACGAUCGGUCGCUUCGUCAGCUCAGCGCACAACGAGGGCCGCGAGGUGGGGGCCACAAACGGCCCGGGCGUCGCCGGUUUGAGACCCCGGACCUAAGCCGACAGGAAGUUGACGGAAAGGAAAGGUGCCAACUGAACUGACCUCAGCACUGAGAAACUUUUCUCCUCGUUUUCAUCGUCUCUUCAAAUGAUUUUUGGAUGCGUGACUGACGUUAACAAGCGACCGGUAGCAGCUCGUCUGUGUGCCAUGCUAACUCCGUGCUAAAGUGUUUUGUUGUCCAAAGUGUCUGUGUUUGAACGCUAUUAGCCAUCAACGCUCACCACACGCGUGCUUGUUUCUGUUUUGUUUUUUUGUUAGCAACGCUAACGCAAGCGGAGCCAAACAAAAGCGUGUCGUUCCAGUGACGUGCUACGUGCUAGCAUGUUAGCUUUGAAGCGACAACCGUU